AUCUUCAUCAUCUAAAAACCCUAACAACCACCCAUUUUGCUUAUAACCUUUGUCUAGUAUAAUCCAUUAUUUAGAUACAAUUGCUUCGAACAAACUAAAUACAUGGUGUUUUAAUUUUAACUUUUUAAUCAAUAAUAAUGAGUAAUGAUGGCAUGGUGUUUUGCCGUAUUGCUUGUGUAUUCUUAUCUUAACUUGUUUAAAAUGAGGACAAUAUAAUACAUUAUUGUAGGUACAAAUGGAGUGUGUUUGAUGAGAAAUGCAUCGAAAGGGGAACAACAUCCAUCCUUCAUUGAUUUUAUCUCAGCUUUUCUCUCUGCAAAUUCCUAUCGGCUUAAUUUGGUGCCAAUUUCUCCAGACUUUAUUUUCAAUUGCGGGGGUUUGUCUGUGGCCUUCAUUUUUGUGACAAACUGGGACUGCAACAAUGUGGCUUCAAUCUUCAAUAGAGUUCAGAAACUGAAGACUCAAUUUUCACGUUUUUAUGUUGUUAUCGCACUCCCAACAAAAGAAAAAAUUGAUUCAUUUACUCAGUCAUAUUUCAAAUUUGGGAUGGUGAUUGGCAAGCCUACAUUUGUGCCAGUUAUGGACUUAGAGAUGGGGUUUGAAAAGAUGGUAAAAAUAGCCCAUUCUUCUGGAGUAUACAAGCAGGAAAGAAUUGAAGAAAAAUUGAAAGCGGAGGUCAGCUCAUCGAUUUUGAUAUUACAUUAAAAUUUCAUACUAUGUAGCUGCCAGGAAUCACAUAAUAAUUGAAACCAGUACAUUGAUGUA